AUGCUGAUAGAUGUAGUGGCUAGUCAUGAACUUUUGUCCUUCAUGGAUGGAACCGCAGGCUAUCUUCAAAUUCCAGUAGCGAUAGAAGACAGACACAAAACUGCCUUUCACUACCCUUGUUUCAUGGGAGUCUUCGAGUACGUGGUCAUGCCCUUUGGACUGAAGAAUGCAGGGGCCACAUACUGGAGAGCAAUGGACAUGAUCUUCCACGCCAUACUGGGGAAGAUCUUAGAGGUUUACAUAGACGAUGUGGUCGUCAAAUCCAUGAAGCGGGGAAAUUAUAUCACUAACCUAAGAAAGUAUGUACCCCAGAAAGCCGUUAAGGACCAGGCUAUAGCUGACUUCCUCGUGCAUCAUCCCAUGUUGGAUGUGCCUGAUGUCCGAGAUUUGGAGGUAUUACUAGAACUAGGGGUAAGAGACAUGCUGAUCCUCAAGGAUUCGCUACUCGUCAUCAACCAAUUGCGUGAAAAAUUCAAAUGCACAAUUUUUUCAUUUGCACCCUAUCUGGAGAGGGCACUUAAACUACUCCUAUGGUUUGAUGACGUGGAUCUGGAGCACAUUCUUGAGGAACUCAACUUUGCUGCUAAUGAGCUUGCAUAA